ACUGUCCGAACCCCAUAGAUUCCUUAGAUUUUGACAAGAAAAAAGCGAGAAAACAGAGAGAAAAGCAAAGAAAGAGACAGAGACAUCUGAACUCUCAACUCAAAAUGAUUUGUGGGGUUUUAGCUUCAGCUUCCCCACAAACUUUUCCUUCUUAUUCUUCCUAUUCAUCUCUCGUGUCUAAACCCAAAACCAGCUGUUUCAGCUAUGCUUCCAGUUCUGUCAGUGUUCCCAAGGUAAGCUCCUUGGAUCUGAAGCUUGAAAGGUUCGGGCUUUAUGGGGUAAAGGGGUCUCGGAGAGGCAGCAGAGUUCACUGCAACACUGGACCUGGUGAGAGUGAUAGCAAGAGUGUUCUGGAUGCUUUUUUCUUGGGGAAAGCUCUAGCCGAAGCGCUAAAUGAGCGAAUUGAGUCCAGUGUUGGCGAGUUUUUGAGUACGAUUGGUAGGCUGCAAGCUGAGCAACAAAAGCAAGUAGUGGAAUUUCAGGCAGACGUUCUGGAAAGAGCUAAGAAAGCCAAAGAGAAAGCAGCUCGUGAGGCUGCAGAGGCACAAGGAAUUGUUUCAAAACCGACUACAGAAAGUAUAACACCAGUCACCGUCACCAAUGUCGUUUCUUCAGUAACUCCAACAACCACCACCAGUAAUGACGGUACUCCUGCUGUGAGUCAACCUUCCUCAUCUGAUCCAACCCCCUCAAUAACUAAGAAUGUACCCGGUCCUGCCAACGAGGAUACAUCUUCAGAGGUGCCAAUUGAUGAUUGAAAUCCAUCUGUUGUUUUAGAAUGUCUUGCAUUUGAGCCAGUGCAGUUGGUUUGACUGUGGUAUAGAUCACCACUUAUCAUUUUGAUAAUAAGCUAUCAUAGUCUUUCAAGGCAUACGGUUAUCCAUAUAAUGGUAUAAACGUAUAAUUGUAUAAAUUGGGUCCCUUAUAAGGUGCAUAGAUGACAUACUUUGCCUCCUUAGAGCACCAUAAUCCUUUUUUUCGCAUUGAACAGUCCAUUAUUUUAUCUCAAAACGUUUUGCAAUGGCAAUUGAACUCAGCAUCUAAAGAGCAAGACAUUUUAUAUUUAUCAGC